AUGGCUCCAGACCAGAUACCGUCAGCUGCAGACAAGCGCGCCGCUCGUCGCACCCGCGUGCUGCAAGGAAGCAGGAGUCGUCUCCAGCUCGUGACGGGGGAAAUUUCGACGCUAAAACCGCCCAGUGACGAGUUCAGUAGUGACAUUUCGAUUCCAAAAUCUCAAGUUUUAGAUUCUAGGGGGGAGGUCGAAACGAACUCGGAAUCGCUUGUCCCGUCUUCUGAGCCAUCACCAGCUGUUCCAAUUCCACUUUUUCGCGUGGAUCAAGCCCAGAGACGUCGAGACGCAGCGGUCCGACGUCGUCAGAAGGAGAAGAACCAACAGGAGGAGAGUGGACGAGUGGAUGCUAUUGAGCCAGGAAAGUCUGAGCCAAUCGAAUCAGUUCGUGAACACCAGCUGUUCGAAACUGCCUCGUCUGCUGGAUGUAGUAGCAAGAGAGCCAGUUCGCACGGGAUGGCGCUAAAGCUCUCUUUCUUGGAGGAAAAACUUGUGCUGUUGCUGAUUAUCGCGACAGCGCUCUACGCUGCUGUAAACAUGGAUGUGAGCGUAAUUAUGGCCAAAAUGGCCCGAAACAAUGAGCUGGUCGAUGUGAGCUACGACGACCUGCUCGCUAGUGGCGUAUCUAUGGAAUCGAUUCGGCAACAACUCGAACGAGGACAUGUGCCAUCUGGACGGAAGCAAGAAGAGCUGGAACAUUUACGGAAUCAGGAGCAGCAUUCUGAUGCGAACGCGUUGUUCAUGACUGGUACAAGUGGAUGGCUGCCAGAUGUGGCGAGUUUGGGAGACUUUUUGACGUCGUUGAUGGCACAUCCACCUGUUGUAUUGUGUGUGUUUCUCGUGAGACUGCUGGUCUCCACUGGAGCAAACGCUUUGCAUAAAGUGCUGGCGCUGCCAGAAGUGAACCAUUCAGAAGAGGGCGAUCUGGGCUUUGUCGUCAAUGUGGCACUAUCUGGUCGCCCGAUGCUGAAAGCGUUUCUAGUGAAAGGCCGCAAGUCGCUGGACGACUUGUUUGUCUUUCUUUUUGCGCUCGUAGUGUUUGUUGCUAUUCGUGUCAUUUGGCUCAGCUAG